CAACCACAACACCAACAAAAUGCUAACCCGAACACAAAAAUUAAUCUUGGGUGUUACCAUACUCAUAAUGGUCAAUGUGAUAUGGGUAACCUCCAGCGAAUUGACAAAGUUUCUCUACGACGAUGAACACUUUGAUAAGCCCUUCUUUUGCACAUAUUUUAAAACAUCGAUGUUUACAAUUUAUUUAGUAAUCAUUGGUUUGCUAGCACCCUGGAAGGAAUCCUGUGAUAGACAAAAUGGCAACUAUUCGAUGAUGGAUCAAAAUUCCGAAGAUGACAAUUACUACUCCCACCAACCAUCAUUGAGUGAUCCCACAUUCGUUCCCAUUCGCUCGGCAGCUAGUAUCGGUAAUGGUCCCAUUUCCGGUACCGAAAGUGAUGAUUCCAGUAUACGGUCAGUGCGUUUUAGUAAAUUGGCCGAAGUGCGGGAAAUGUCAGCACAUGAGGCAACAGAGGCCCUAAUGGCCAGACUCUCUUAUACGGCCAGUAUGCGUAUAAGUCGUCAAAAGUCGCAUCAUAAAACAGCCAAAACGGCAUUGCUGUUUUGUGUUUUGUGGUUCUUGGCCAAUUAUCUCUUUCAAGUCUCAUUGGAAAUGACUGAAACAGCAGUGGUGACUUUAUUAUCAUCCUCCUCGUCCCUAUUCACCUUGGUGUUGGCAGCAUUUUUCCCCUCAGCAACGGGUGAUAAAUUUACCAUAACAAAAAUUAUUGCAGUGGGUUUGAAUAUUGCUGGGGUGGUCACAAUAACAAUUUCCGAUAUCCAUGAUACGAAUUUUUCCCGUGGUGCUUUGUUGGCCUUGUUUAGUGCAUUCUUCUAUGCUGCCUAUUUGGUGUUUGUCAAAAGAAAAAGUGACACAGAGGAGAAAAUCGAUAUUCCAUUAUUUUUUGGAUUUGUGGGCCUUUGGAAUCUUUUGUUGAUGUGGCCAGUAUUUUUCAUAUUGAAUUUUACAAAAAUCGAAAAAUUCGAAUUACCAAAUCAAAAUCAAUUUGCCAUUUUAUUUUUAAAUGGCCUAAUUGGUACAGUGGUCUCUGAAGCCUUGUGGCUGUGGUAA